AUUUCUUUCUUUACUGUGAUUUAAUAAUAAAUUAAUUACUGCAUUUUUCUUUGUUUUGUCCCUUUUUCAUAUUCCUCUUCCCGCAACCAUCCGGAGGAAGAGGAAUUCCUUUCCCCUUCCCUUCCCCGCCUCUCCGUCGGUCUUCCCUGCCAUCCAAAUAUCUCCGGCGGAAAUCUAUUCCCUCUUUCCCCUCUUCUGUAACCGUUUCCUUAUCUGCCGUUUCGGCGGAUAUCGAAUCGUUUCCCUUCCCUCUCUCUCUCUCUGCGCCGUGAUAUAAGUGGACUCUCUCUUACUACCAUGACUCGUUUUUCAUUUGCCUUCUCCGCUUCCGUCGUCCCAACCGCCGCCGCCGUUUUCUGCGUCCACUCGAUUGCUUCUCUCUGAAGAUUUUUCUCUCUCUCUCUCUCUCUCUCUCUUUCCCGCCAUUAAUGCAUCCUUUCUGCUGUAUCUCUACUGUAUCAGACAACUCCCCCACCGCAAAGCCCCUGCCCGAUCUUCCGAUGGCCAUCACUGCCAGAUCCGACCCGACGCCCCGAUCGUCCGCCGCUACUCCGAAUCACAUCCAUUUGGCAGAUCAUCAGCAUCAUCUUCACCACCAUGCCACCGCCUCCAUAGAUUCGGUCAUCAGCAACGGCGGCAGAAACAGCCACCGGAUUUCUACUGUCGCGAAUUCGGCGUCCGGGAGGGAGCAGCCGGUGGAUGUCAAGAUCAACGAUAUAGUAGGGAAUGGAAUCUCCGGGAUUCUGUACAAGUGGGUGAACUACGGCAAAGGUUGGAGGCCGCGGUGGUUCGUUUUGCAGGACGGUGUGUUGUCCUAUUACAAGAUUCACGGGCCUGAUAAGAUCGUCGUCAAUCUGGAGACCGAGAAAGGAUGCAAAGUCAUCGGGGAAGAGUCCAUCAGGAGGGUUUCCAAGGCCGAAAAUGGAACUCCCAACCAGCAGAGGCGGAAUCCUGUUGGCGAAGUUCAUCUCAAGGUGUCCACGAUCCGAGAGAGUAGAUCGGAUGACAAAAGGUUCUCGAUAUUCACGGGGACUAAGCGGCUCCAUCUAAGAGCUGAGACGACGGAGGAUCGUUUGGCAUGGAUGGAGGCAUUGCAGGCGGUCAAAGACAUGUUCCCUCGGAUAUCUAACAGUGAAUUAAUGGCUCCCGUGGAUACCGUGGCUGUGUCAACGGAAAAGCUGAGGCAGAGGCUUGAAGAAGAGGGUGUUGGGGAAGAGGUGAUUCUGGAGAGUGAGCAGAUCAUGAGGAGUGAGUUCACAGCUUUGCAGAACCAGAUGCUGCUGUUGAAGCAGAAACAUUGGCAACUCAUUGAAGCGUUGCGGCAGUUAGAGACCGAAAAAGUUGAUCUGGAGAAUACAGUUAUUGACGAGAGCCAAAGACAGAAUGAUCAAAUGACAUCCUCUAUGGCAACUCAAGACAAGUUUAGCGAGGCCAGUGCAAGUGGAUCUGAUGAUGAUAAUGAAAGAGUAGAUGCUGCUGAGGAGGAAACUGAUGAUGAGGAGAAUACCUUUUUCGAUACCCGUGACUUCCUCUCAUCAGGUUCUUUCAAAAGCAAUGGAUCUGAUUACCGGACUUCUUCAUUUUCUUCAGAAGAUGAAGGACUACGCGCUCUUGAGGCAGAUGAAGGGCUUAGUUAUCCUUAUAUUAAGCGCCGCAAAAAGUUACCAGAUCCAAUUGAAAAGGAAAAAGGUGUCAGUCUUUGGUCAAUGAUUAAGGAUAACAUUGGGAAGGAUCUCACAAAAGUAUGCCUACCUGUUUACUUCAACGAGCCUCUCUCUUCUCUUCAAAAGUGUUUUGAAGAUUUAGAGUACUCGAAUCUCAUUGACAGAGCUAGUGAAUGGGGAAGAAAGGCUCCUUCAGUGAGGAAAUAUGCAUCUCAUGGGUCAUUUCCUUGCCAGGGUAACAGUCUGAUGAGGAUUCUUAAUGUAGCUGCCUUCGCUGUUUCUGGAUAUGCUUCAACAGAAGGAAGAAUCUGCAAACCGUUUAAUCCACUAUUAGGUGAAACAUACGAGGCAGAUUAUCCUGAUAAAGGACUCCGUUUUUUCUCGGAGAAGGUCAGUCACCAUCCAAUGAUUGUAGCAUGUCACUGUGAAGGGACAGGAUGGAAGUUUUGGGGAGACAGCAAUUUGAAAAGCAAAUUUUGGGGUCGCUCUAUACAACUUGAUCCUGAGGGUCUUUUGACAUUGGAAUUUGAUGACGGAGAAGUUUUCCAAUGGUCCAAGGUUACAACAUCAAUAUACAAUCUAAUACUAGGGAAGCUAUAUUGUGAUCAUUAUGGUACAAUGCGUAUAGAAGGAAACAGAGAUUUUUCGUGUAAGCUGAAGUUUAAGGAGCAAUCCAUCAUAGACAGGAACCCUCACCAGAUACAAGGAGUAGUAGUGGAUAGGAGUGGGAAAACUGUAGCAACUCUGUUUGGGAAAUGGGAUGAGAGCAUGCAUUAUGUUCUUGGUAGUGGCAAGGGCAAAGGGUUUGAGUCACUGGAAGAAGCUCAUACACUGUGGAGAAGAAACAGCCCACCAACGAUCCCUACUAGAUAUAACUUGACCCGCUUCGCCAUAACACUGAAUGAGCUCAUUCCGGGGCUCAAGGUGAUAUCUCAUGACUCUGCUCCAUUAUACAAUUUCUGCUGGUCUCCACUUCCUGACAAAUCGAAGGAGAAGCUGCCACCUACAGAUUCAAGGCUAAGGCCUGAUCAAAGGUAUUUGGAAAAUGGGGAAUUUGAGAUGGCGAAUUCUGAGAAGUUGAGGCUGGAACAGCGCCAGCGUCAGGCACGGAAGAUGCAGGAGAGGGGUUGGAAGCCACGUUGGUUUGCCAAGGAAGACGGAAGCGAUACAUAUCGCUACAUUGGUGGAUACUGGGAGGCUAGAGAGAAAGGGAAGUGGGACUCAUGUCCAGAUAUUUUCGGUCAAGUCCCCGCUGAUCAGCUUCUCAUUGACUAGUUACUUAUCUGAAUUCCUUUCCAUUGCUUGGGAAUGGCCUACGGGUCGUCGGUAUAUGAAGGGGGGAGUCACUCGACGUGCGAUGUAAGUAAAGAUAACUAUUGCCCUAGGUAAAUAGAAAGGAAAAAAUCAGUUCUUUUUCCCCUCCAGUUCCGCCAAAUGCGCCCCCGUUCCUCAUCUCAUGGUUAGAGCUGGAGGGAUGGCAGGGGAAAUAUAUUACAUUUUUUGUGUGGAUGUUUUAGCUUCUUUUUCCAGGAAAAGAUACAAGAGGAAUAGAUGAUAGGAAAAGCAACAAAUGAAUCGACCGCAUUUGAUAUGUUUGUUCUUAAAUGAGAAAAGAAAGGAAGAAAGCAGUUUGUUAUUAUUAUAAUGUUUGUUUGAUGGAAAGAGAUAGCUAGCUGCUGUUUACAGAUCAGCAGUGUGAGUGUUCUUCUACGGAUUCAAUCACAUGGC